AUGAGUUUAAAACCUUUUAAACUUGAUGAAACAAGACUUAUAGUUAUUGGCGUGAGUGUGGUUCAAUUAACGUUGAAUUCUCUGGAAAAUGAUUCGAUUACCGCUGAAGUAUAUUAUGAAGAUGUUGCUUUACAAGAAGAAAUAAAAGUAUUAAUUAAUAAUGCCAUAAUAACAUUAAAAAAUUCGUUUACAAUGAAAAACAAAUGGGAAAACUAA